CCCGUGCUGGAGCUCGGCCCGCGUGGCACCGCGUCCUGGCACCGCGUGCGCCGCAGGGACGGCCGCAGGAGCUCCCGGGCACAGCGCAGGGCUGGCACGUGGAGCCGUUCCCGGGCGCGCCGCGCUGCCCGUGACCGUGCACCCGCAGAGCUGGACCUGACGGUGCGCGUCCUGCUGUACGCGCUGAUCUUCGUGCUGAGCGUCUGCGGGAACGCCCUGGUGGUGGCCGUGCUGCUCCUCAACCGCCGCCUGCGCACCGUCACCAACUCUUUCCUGCUGUCCCUGGCGCUCAGCGACCUGAUGCUGGCGCUCUGCUGCAUGCCCUUCACCCUCAUCCCCAACCUCAUGGGCACCUUCAUCUUCGGAGAGGCCGUCUGCAAGUUGAUGGCCUACCUGAUGGGCGUCUCCGUCUCGGUCUCCACCUUCAGCCUGGUGGCCAUCGCCAUCGAGCGGUACAGCGCCAUCUGCAACCCGCUGCAGUCCCGCGUGUGGCAGACGCGCUCGCACGCCUGCCGGGUGAUCGCCAGCACCUGGCUCUUCUCAGCGCUGCUCAUGUUGCCCUACGCCGUGUACAGCACCACGCGGCUGCUGCCCGUGCCCGGCGCCCGCCCGCCCCUCAGCCAGUGCACUCACGCCUGGCCCAGCGAGCACGUGAGGCAGGCAUGGUAUGUCCUGCUGCUCCUCGUUCUCUUCUUCAUUCCGGGCGUGGUGAUGAUCGUGGCUUAUGGGCUCAUCUCCCGCGAGCUGUACCGAGGGAUCCGCUUUGAGCUGGACAUCAAGGGGGAAGCAGCAGCGCAGCGCAGCACAGACCCAUUGCCCACCUGUGACGAGGGUGACGGCUGCUACCUGCAGCUCUCCCGGCCGGGCGCUGCGCUGGAGCUGCGGGCGCUNGGCACGGCGGGGGCACAGCAGGAGCGGGCGCGCAUCAACAGCUCAGAGGCGAAGCUGGUGGCCAAACGGCGCGUGAUCCGCAUGCUGGUGGUCAUCGUGGCCAUGUUCUUCCUCUGCUGGCUGCCCAUCUUUGCGGCCAACACGUGGCGUGCCUUCGCGCCGCGGGCGGCCCAGCGCGCGCUCUCGGGGACGCCCAUCUCCUUCAUCCACCUGCUGUCCUACACCUCGGCCUGCGCCAACCCGCUCAUCUACUGCUUCAUGAACCGCCGCUUCCGCACCGCCUUCCUGGGCACCUGCGCCGGCUGCCCUCAGUUGGAUUCCAUGUCCCCAGGCCUGCAGCAGGACUCCAUGUCCCAUAAUUACCAGCGGACUCCCAUCUUCCACAGUCUGCCACCAGGACUCCAUUCCCAGAGCGUCCCAAUGGGAAUCCAUUCCCCCUAA